AUGCUGCGGAUUCGGGCGGUGUCGGGGGAAGACCUUAUUGAGAUUGAUUUGGUGAGUUUUCUGGAGACGCUCCUUGCAGAGAUAAGUCCCGUCCGGGCACUGAAGCAACACUUGCACAGCACGCUUGGGCUGUCAAGGUUCCGGCAAAGGCUGGUGUUUCCGGACGAUGAUAUGGUUCCAGAUGACGAACGCACCUUGAGACCCGGCGAAGCUCAGGUCGUGAUUCUUGGCUUCUGCCCAGCAUCUGAAGCACAAGUGAAAGCGCUUCGGGAUGCUGCAAGACGCGGCCUGACGUCAGAAGUGGAGACUAUUCUACAGAUGCCGCAAGACCCAGACAUAGGCGAUCCGGCCCCGCUGUUCGAGGCGUCCCGGUACGGCCAGUUGGAGGUUGCACGCCUUUUGUUGGAGGCCAAUGCUGAUAAAGUCAUCGCCACGCGUGCUGGCGACACCCCUUUGUACAUUGCAGCUGAGAGGGGGCAGCUGGCGGUUGCACGUCUUUUGCUGGAGGCCAAAGCGGAUACGGACAAGGCCGUGCGCGGCAUCACCCCUCUGUUCCUUGCAGCUCAGAAUGGGCGGUUGGAGUUUGCACGCCUGUUGCUGGAGGCCAAUGCUGAUAAAGACAGUGCCACACGUGGUGGUUACACGCCUUUGUACGCUGCAGCUGACCGCGGGCAGCUGGAGGUUGUACGGCUUUUGCUGGAAGCCAAAGCGGACAAGGACAAGGCCAGAGCAAACGGCGCCACCCCUUUGCUUGUUGCAGCUCAGCGUGGCCAGCAUGAGGUUGCACGACUUUUGCUGAAGGCCAAAGCGGACAAGGACAAGGCCAUGUAUGCUGGCACCUCCCCUCUGCACAUUGCACUUGAGACGAGGCACCUGGAGGUUGCACAUCUUUUGCUGGAAGCCAAAGCGGACAUGAACAAGGCCAAAUGGAGCGGCGCCACCCCUUUGUUUUCUGCGGCUCAGCAAGGUCAGCAUGAGGUUGCACGCCUGUUGCUGGAGGCCAACGCGGACAAGGACAAGUCCUUGCAUGAUGGCACCACCCCUUUGUUCAUUGCAGCUCAGACUGGGCAGUUGGAGGUGGCACGCCUUUUGCUGGAGGCCAAUGCGGACAAGGACAAGGCCACAAAGAAAGGUGCCACGCCACUGUACAUUGCAGCUGAGAAGGGGCAGCUUGAGGUAGCACACACUUUGUUGGAAGCGAAGGCCCACCAGGACAAGGCCAAAGCGAACGGCGCCACUCCUUUGCUUGUUGCGGCUCAGCAUGGCCGUCAUAAGGUUGCACGCGUUUUGCUGGAGGCGAAAGCGGACAAGGACAACGCCAUGCUUGGCAUUACCCCUCUGUUCGUUGCAGCUCAGAAUGGGCACUUGCAGGUUGCACGCCUUUUGCUGGAGGCCAAAGCGGACAAGGACAAGGCCAAACAGAAUGGCAGCAGCCCUUUGUUUGUUGCAGCUCAGUUUAGGCAGUUUGAGGUGGCACGCCUUUUGCUGGAGGCCAAAGCGGACAUGGACAAGGCCAAAGAGAAUGGCGCCAUGCCGUUGCACAUUGCAGUUGAGAAGGGACAGCCGCAGUGGGAGGUUGUUCGUCUUUUGCUGGCAGCCAAAGCGGACAAGGACAACGCCAUGCAUGAUCGCACCACACCUCUCUGCAUCGCAGCUCGGAGUGGGCAGUUGGAAGUUGCACGUAUUCUGCUGGAGGCCAAAGCCGACCUGGACAAGGCCACAAAGAACGGCGCCACCCCUUUGUUUGUUGCAGCUCAAUAUAGGCAGUUGGAGGUUGCAUGCCUUCUGCUGGAGGCCAAAGCGGACAACGACAAGGCCAAUCAGAAUGGUGCCACCCCGUUGCAUGUGGCAGUCGAGAAGGGGCAGCGGGAGGUUGCACGCCUUUUGCUGGAGGCCAAAGCGGACAAGGACAGGGCCAUGCAUGAUGGCACCACGCCUCUGUUCAUUGCAGCUCAGACUGGGCAGUUGAAGGUCGCACGCCUUUUGUUGGAGGCCAAAGCCGACAAGAACAAAGCCUUGCGUGAUGGCACCACCCCUUUGUUCAUUGCAGCUGAGAAUGGGCUGGUGGAGGUUGCACGGCUUUUGGUGGAGUCUAGACAAGACCGUCAUUCGUGA